UUUUUCCCCUCUCGAGGAUCAAUUAGUUACGUCUGGAGAUUCAGACCAAUGCAGUCGGUCCAGGAAAAACGUAUUGACAGCCUGCAGGCUGACGGAAGUUGCCUGCAUCCUCAUCAGCAAACUUAAGGGCCCGAGCCUCACAGGAGAGGAGGAUUGAGGAUACUGGCCUCCAUGUUAAAGCAGAGGUACCUUCGCUGCCAUGUCCUCCAUCUCUGUGUCGACGUCCAGUGGAUGCAGCCGUAAUGCUGGUGCAGCUGCCAUGGCAACCCAGGGUUUAGAGCAAGCUGUGCUGGCUUCAGACCGCUACGCCAGACUCAUCCUGGCCCAGAUGAACAAGAUGCGCCUCCGCUCCGACUUCUGUGACGUGGGGCUUAAAGUCGGCGGCCGUGUCUUCAAGGUGCACCGGCUAGUGCUUGCUGCCAGCAGCCCCUACUUCUCUGCCUUGUUCGCUGGUGGGAUGAGGGAGGCAGACAAAGAGGAAGUGCAGAUCCUUGGAGUGGACACUGAUGUCUUUGAAAUCUUGCUGGAGUUCAUAUACACAGGCGUGAUCAGCGUCACUGUGGAGAAUGUUCAGGAACUGAUGGUGGCAGCUGACAUGCUGCAGCUGAAUGAGGUGGUGUCCAUCUGUGGGGAGUUUCUUAAGGGUCACAUGGACCCAUCCAACUGUGUGGGCAUCUUUCAGUUCCUGGAGCAGAUCGCCUGCAUGGACAUGCUGGAGUUUACUGAGAACUACAUCCAUGUUCACUUCCUAGAGGUGUGUGUCACUGAUGAGUUCAGGGGCCUGUCAAAAGAGCAGCUGGUGAGGCUUUUAAAAAGUGAGGAGCUGAGGAUCGAGGAUGAGUACCAGGUUUUUACAGCAGCCAUGGAGUGGGUUCUCCAAGACGUGGCAAAGAGGAAAAAACAUGUGGUGGAGGUGUUGGAACCAGUCCGCUUCCCUCUGCUUUCCCCACAGAGGCUGUUCAAGUACAUAGAAGGUAUUACUGACUUCAACCUGCGGGUGGCACUGCAGACUCUGCUGAGGGAAUACACUGAAGUCACAAAGUCCCCCAAAGAAAAUAAGAUGUACAGUCAGCUACAGCCAGCCAAGAUGAGACCCAGAAGAAAAGCCAGGAAAUACCUCUAUGCCAUAGGAGGCUACACUCGGCUGCAGGGCGGCCGUUGGAGUGACAGCCGGGCGCUAAGCUGCGUGGAACGCUUUGACACCUUCAACCAGUACUGGACCACCGUGUCGUCACUGCAUCAGGCCCGCAGCGGGCUAGGAGUCGCAGUCCUGGAAGGCAUGAUCUAUGUGGUGGGAGGGGAAAAAGACUCGAUGAUUUUUGACUGCACAGAGAGAUACGACCCAGUUACAAAACAGUGGGCCGCCGUGGCGUCUCUGACUUUCCCUCGUUGCGGAGUCGGUGUCUGCCCCUGCCACGGAGCUCUGUAUGCACUCGGUGGAUGGAUUGGCUCUGAAAUCGGAAAAACCAUGGAGCGAUAUGACCCAGAGGAGAACAAGUGGGAGGUCAUUGGCAGCAUGGCUGUUCCCCGCUAUUACUUUGGCUGUUGUGAGUUCCAAGGCUUCAUUUACGUGAUCGGAGGGAUCAGCGACGAAGGGAUGGAGCUGCGCUCAGCAGAGGUGUAUGAUCCCAUCUCGCGUCGAUGGAGCGCCCUGCCAGUCAUGGCCACUCGACGGGCCUACGUGGGCGUCGCAUGUCUCAAUAACUGCAUAUAUGCUGUGGGCGGCUGGAACGAGGCUCUGGGUGCUUUGGAGACAGUGGAGAAGUACUGCCCAGAGGAGGAGAAAUGGGUGGAGGUUGCUGCGAUGUCUACGGCACGCGCAGGUGUAUCGGUGUCGGCAGUAAACGGGCUGCUGUAUGCGGUUGGAGGAAGAGCAACCACCAGAGACUUCUCUGCACCCGUGACGGUGGAUUCCGUGGAGAUCUACGACCCUCACCUGGACACCUGGACCGAGGUCGGCAACAUGAUCACCAGCCGCUGCGACGGCGGGCUGGCUGUGCUCUGACAGACGCGAAUGUCCUGCACCUGAAUCAUUCACCAAACACAGCAUAAACUGGAGAAAAGCCGCACCUUAAGAGACAUACAGAAAAGUGUGUUUUGGUUUAAACGGCCUUUCAUAUGUUGUCAUAGUAUUUAUACAUGGAUGUGUCCUUUUUGUUUUUUAAAUUGAUCAAUGAAUAUGAACAUGAAAGCACAUUUAGUACUGAAAUCUGCCAAAAUGUUCUUUUUACUGUUACAUGACUCUCCUAUGUCCUUAGUUUCAAUUCAGUCAGAACGUUAGAACAAUAUAUUUGAAGGCACAGCUAUCUUGGUGAUGACGAUUAUUUUUAUAGAAUAGAAGUUCUAUUUUUGAUGAACCACAGAGGGUUUUUUGAAAGUCCCUUGGGGCACUAAGAAAACUGCUGGCGGGUGAUGAAGCACUGUUUAGUUUCUUUUAAAGAAUUUUUGGAGGGCGGUGCAUUACCACUCCAAUCCCUUGAGCCUAGUUGACAGUAGAACCACAUAAAACCUAUUGCUGCAUUAAGUUUUAAAAUUUCUGUGGACUUGAACAGCAUGCCAGAGCGCUCCUUUUCACUGGAUUAUUUAUGUACAUAUGUUUCUACUAGUGCCUCUCCAUCGAUGUUUACACUUCGGUCCGAGCAAGUAAAGACUGCUUUAUCAUUUCAGAUUUGUACUAUCUGAUGUUGAGGUAUGCUGCCUAUCGCUUAAAAAUAUGUUCAGCAUCUUUACAGUACGGUAUCACAUUUCCUCUUGUUUUCAAGCUGACCGAAGCGGUGCCACAGCACAGCAUCUUUCUAUCAUGCACAGUUAAACCUUUGCAGAAAACACAAUACUACACCACACUGAUAAUGCUGCUUUUCAGACUUAAUAAACAUCGCAAAACAG